CUGAUUUAAAAGUGAAAGUAACGCGUAUCUGAGAGCAAGUGUCGUGUCGCUUAGUUUGAUAUUCACGGAAAUAUUUCAUAUUUUCUGGUGCUUUCAGCCCUUAAUGUGAAAGAUGCCUGUUUCCCUGAUUCAACAUAUUUUUUUUAUCCUGGCAGACAAGAUGGCAUCAGUUCCAGAGCAGCUUCUGGAAACACUGGAUGAGCUGGAAGAAAACAAACUGAAGAGGUUUAAAUUUCAUUUAAAACAAGAAGGGUCAAUUUCAGCUGAUGACUUGGAAAAUGCAGAUGCCAUUGAUACAGUGGAUCAGAUGGUCAAGUGUUUUAAACCAGAAGAAGCUGUGAAGCUCACACUGAACAUCCUGAAGAAGAUGAAACACAACCAGCUGUCUGAACAGUUAGAGAACAAGUACAAGGAAGUGCACAGUGUUCCAGUGCAGAUCAGCAGUCCACCUCAGACUGGAGUCAGUGUUGAUCUAAAUGCUAAAACAGGUGCAAAUGUAAAUGCUCCUGUACUCACUGGAAACGUUAUCUCUGGCCCAGUUACCUUCAACGUCACCUCAACUACUGGUGCUAUUGGGCUGCAAACACCCUCAGAGGGACAUCUAUCUGAGAAACAUGCAGGAAAACAAGAGGAUGAUGUCUUGCUAAAAAUCUUGAAAAAACACAAAGACUACAUGAAGGAGAAAACUGAACGUGUUUUUGAGGGCAAAAAAGAUAAUAAAACGCAUCUCAAGAAGGUUUACACAGAACUCUUUAUCACUGAAGGUGAUUUUACAGAUGUCAAUCAUGAACACGAGAUUCUGAAGAUCGACAGAGCUUUCAAAAUCCCAAAAUCAGAAGACAUACCAAUCAACUGCAAUGACAUAUUUAGCUUAUUGAGACAAAAGGCAGAGGGUAACAUUGUUCUGACCAAGGGAAUUGCUGGCAUUGGAAAAACCUUCUCUGUGCAAAAGUUCCUUCUGGACUGGGCUGAAGGAAACGCCAAUCAGGAUGUAGACUGCAUGUUCCUGCUUCCUUUCCGAGAGAUUAACUUGAUUAAAGAUAAGGAGUUCAGUCUCCAUGAGUUUCUACAGGAAUUUUAUCCUGCACUGAAACAACUGAAGGAUACAAAUUUGUAUGAAAGUUGUACAAUUGCUUUUAUUUUCGACGGACUUGAUGAGAGUCGUCUUCCGUUGAAUUUCAAUUGCAGUUCACUGCACUCUGUAAAUACACGGUCAUCUGUUGAUGCUUUGUUUACAAGUUUAGUCAAAGGGAAACUUCUUCCAUCAGCUCUCAUCUGGGUGACCUCACGACCUGCAGCAGCCAAUCAAGUCCCUCCUGAGUAUAUGGGUUUAUUCACAGAGGUGCGAGGAUUUACUGACAAACAGAAGGAGGAAUACUUCAGAAAGAGAAUCACAGAUGAAACUCAGGCCUUUAAAAUCAUCUCACACAUUAAGACAUCUCGUAGUCUCUACAUCAUGUGUCACAUUCCAGUGUUCUGUUGGAUCGCAGCUACUGUUCUUCAUGAAAUUCUCAUCAAGAACAAUGGGGAAGACAUUCCUUCAACACUUACUGAAAUGUACGUUCACUUCUUACUAAUACAGAUGAACAUGAAGAACCAAAAGUAUGAUGAAAAAACCGAAAGAGAUCGCACAAAGCUCUUGGGUUCAAACAAAGAAAUGAUCUCAAAGUUGGCUAAACUGGCAUUUGAACAGCUAAAGAAGGAAAAUAUCAUGUUCUACGAAGAUGAUUUGAAAGCUUGCGGCAUUGACGUAAGUGAAGUGUCAGAGACUACGGGAUUGUGCACUGAGAUCUUUAAGAAAGACUCUGUGCUUCACGAGAUGAAGGUUUAUUACUUCAUACAUCUGAGUGUCCAAGAAUUCCUUGCUGCUCUGCACAUGUUCCUCUGCUACCUGAACAAGAACAUGGAGGAGCUUGAUUUUUUCCUGGAGAAUUCACGUCCCGAGAAAGACCUGCUGUACAAGUUGCUGAAGAAAGCUAUUGAUAAAGCCAAGGCAAACAAGAGGGGGCAUUUCGAUCUCUUCAUCCGGUUCUUGCUGGGCAUUUCUCUUGAGUCUAAUCAAAAACUCCUCACUGGCUUGUUGACCCAAACAGAGGACAGUAAGAGAAGCAUCAAUAAAAUUAUCGAGUACAUCAAGCAAAUACAAAACAACGAUACUUGUCCUGACAAAUCCAUCAACCACUUUUUCUGCAUCCUCGAGCUGCAUGAUAGAUCCCUGUACCAGCAAAUCAAGAAAUAUCUGAGUUCAGAUGUCAUUGACAAAUGUAGAAAGAUCUCCACCUCAAACUGCUCUGCGCUGGUCUAUGUGCUUCUGAUGUCAGAAGAGGUGCUGGAUGAGUUCAACCCAAAGAAGUUCAACCCAACGUAUGCUGGAUGUAGGAGACUGGUCCCAGUAAUGAGAUGCUGCAAAAGAGCCCUGUUUUCAGACUGUGGACUGACAGAAUCAUGCUGUGAAACUGUAGCUUCAGCUCUUCAGUUAGAGAACUGCCCCCUGAGCGAGCUGGACCUGAGUGACAAUUACAGUAUUGAAGCAGGAGUGAAGCUGCUUUGUUCUGGACUGAAGAGUCCUCACUGUAAACUAGAGACACUGAGGUUGGCUCAAUGUCAUUUUGGCCAGGACAGCUGCAGCGAGCUGGUGUCUGCUCUCAAGAUGAUCAUAUGUCAUCUGAGUGAGCUUGACCUCAGUAACAACGAUCUGCACGACUCUGGACUUCAACAACUCUUACAUGGAAUGGACAACACAGAGUGUAAACUUAAAAUUCUGAGGUUGAGCUGGUGUAACCUGACUGAGAAGAGCUGUGAGAUUCUUGCAUUGAUUCUUUGCUCAAACUCCCUCCUGAGUGAGCUGGACCUGAGUAAUAAUGACCUGCAGGACUCAGGAGUGAAGCUGAUUGCUGAUGCACUGAAGAGUUCUAACUGUACACUGGAGGUACUUGGAUUAUCUGGUUGUAUGGUGACAGAGGUCGGCUGUUGUUAUGUGGCUUCAGCUCUGAGUUCAAACCCUUCACACCUGAAAGAGCUGGAUCUGAGCUACAAUCACCCAGGAGAAUCAGGGGUCAAACUGCUCUCUGAGAGACUUGAUGAUCCAAACUGCAAACUGGACAAGCUCAAAACUGAUCCUCAUGGUCAACACUUCAUCAAGUCAGGGAUAAGAAAGUAUGCUUGUGAUCUCACACUGGAUCUAAACACAGCACAUGUUGAGCUCUGUCUCUCUGAUGAAAACAGACGGGUGACACGAGUAACAGAGAAACAGCCAUAUCCUGAUCAUCCAGAGAGAUUUGAGCACAAUGUGAUCUGUGCAGAUGCAGGGGUGACGACAUACACUUCAUAUGAGGGAGGAAGUGUUCACAUCAGAUACCCAUAUAAGCCAGAAUAUGAAAGUAACAUAAAAUACCUCUGCAAAGGACAAAGCUCCAUAGUGCCAUUUGCUUCAGAAAAUGAUAUACACCCAAUAAGUCUGGAAUGCCACCUGGAGAUCAGAGAUUCUCUUUGACUGACAACAGAAGAGGAAUCUUCACUGUCACUAUAACAGAUAUGAAACCAAAGGAUGGAGGACAGAACUGGUGUGCUAUAGAUAAACUCAUACGUGACGACUACAGGAAGAUUCAGUCACACCAAGUACAUCAACCACAUCAAAGAGGAGGUCACCUCAACUUACCACAACAGUUUCAUUCUACACUACUAAACCAGCAUCAAACAGACCUGUCACAUCUGCAUCAUCAUUAUCACCUUCAUCUUCAUUACUUUUAUCAUCAUCAGCUUCCUCUUCUACUUCAUUGUCAUCAAAACAACAAUCGGGCCACUCAUACCAUCUAUGAUUAUGAAGAGAUGCAUCUUGCAAAUGAUCAUCCUGACUACAGUUUGGUUCUUCCUCUGUUUAUGCUGUAGCACAAUUACCCAACAUCACCUCUGAUAGUGUCAUUUAUUGAUCCAUCCAGACAAUGUCACUAUGCAACUGUAAAUUAAUGAAAGACUCAUCCAUGGGUAACAGGGUUGAUUAACAGUGGAACCUACAUAUAUAUAUAUAUAUAUAUAUAUAUAUAUAUAUAUAUAUAUAUAUAUAUAUAUAUAUAUAUGUGUGUGUGUGUGUGUGUGUGUGUGUGUGUGUGUGUGUGUGUGCGUGCGUGCGAGUGUGUAUAAAGAUUUACGCAUUUUAAUUUCAUUGCAAAAUUCCAACAAAUUGAACUGAGUUGCCAAUCUUUAAGAAAAUAUUUGUUAUUAUUAUUAUUAUUAUUAUUAAUUGUAAUUAAUUUACACAAUUCAAUUGUGUCUAGAGCACACCAAACCAUGAAUUGAAUUCCUCAUCUCUCCCAUUAAAACUAAUGUACUCUGUAAUAUACUAUAAAAUCUGCCUUGAUAUUAUUUUGGAUCAAAAAAUAAAUAAAUAUGCAACAAAA